AUGCAGGUAGUAUUUAUGGUGGCUGAAAAGCCAUCACUUGCUGAAUCGAUUGCAAAAAUAUUAGCCAGAGGUCAUGUAUCUUCUCGUCGUGGGUUCAACGGGGCUUGUUCCCUGCACGAAUGGUCUGGGUCUUUUAUGGGGGAGCAGGUUCGCUUUAAAAUGACUUCCGUUUGUGGUCAUGUCAUGACCACUGACUUCGAUGGUCGUUACAAUAACUGGGAUCGUGUUGAUCCGGCAGAGCUAUUUGUGGCCCCAAUCGAGAAGAAAGAAGCGAAUCCGAAAUUGAGAAUGGUGGACUUUUUGCGUCAGGAGGUUUGUUCCACUAUUUCUUAUCCCACAUGA